UUUUUUCUUUUUUCUUCUUCUUUCAAUAGAUCCAUCCAAACGAUUAAAUUAUACCAUACAUGAGCUCACCCAAGCUAGAUUCAAAAGAAGAGAAAAGUGAAGGAACACAAUCACCUGUAGAGACUAGUAAAGUGUCGCCAGAAACAACUUGGACAGCAGUAUGGGACGAACGUGCUCAAGCUUACUAUUGGUGGAAUACAGAGACGAACGAGACUACAUGGAUCAAUCCAGAUACUCCUGCUGUCCAAACUACAGCUGUAGAGACAACAGUAGAAAAAAGUAAUCCUUUAGAUUUCUUGCUGGAUAGAAUUGAUACCGAAGUGAAAAGAAAGUUAGACGGUGAAGUAGAGCCUGCUGCUGGUACAACUGAACAAUCACAGUACUAUGAUCAAUAUUUUGAUCAGCCAGAAACAUCCUAUGCUUCCACUGCUCAUUUCAAUGCACGAACAGGUCGAUUCACUACCCAGAAUGAUGUUGAACGUUUAAAUCCAGAAAAUCUCACAAUAGAAAGCCGUGCUAAAAGACAAAUGCAAUUCUAUUUCGAUGUGGAUACUUAUACAGAAGAGAGAAACCAGCAAAGAUCUUUUACUGAAGAUGGAAGAGUCGGUAAAAAGAAGCAAUUAACUCGCAAAGAGGUCGAAUAUUUCAAAAAGAUGAAAAAAGAGAAAAAGUCAAAGAAGGCUAGGGAGUGGCUAUUGCAAUAGAUUCAAUUUUUAGACAACACAGUAAAUAAAAUCAUUCGUUUAUCCACGCUUGAUACGUAUACCAUUUGGCAGCUAUGUUCAAC